AUGUGUAUUUUAGUUGGAUUAAGUUUAGCUGAAACAGAAAUUGAAUAUAUUCAUGAUCAUGGAGAUGCAGAUUUAACCCAGAUGUUACUCUCUAACAGAUUAUUGGGGACAAAACCACCGGCGUCAUCAUCGUCAGGAGCAGCGGCAGGAGAUGGAUAUACAAAUCAAUUGAGAAUGGAUAAUCAGUUCAAUAGAAAUGAUAACAAUAAUAAUGCCAAUACAAUUCUUCCUGUUAGUGAUAAUAGUGCUGUGACCGGUAGCAGCACUAGUAGUGUCAGCAAUCGUGAUACAAACUCUGAUCUAUUAAGUUCAAAUGGAGAAUUUGCUUUAUUUCUUACUCCACCUUUGUCUAGUUUCUUUCUGCUGAUUUCAGCUAAUUUUAUCUUUCUACUAAGUUUUCUAGCUGUUCUCACCUAUUUUGUACGUUUAUGUGAAAAAGCUGAUGAGGACAGAAAACAUAUGAGAAGUGCUGAAACAAGUCGGGCUUAA